UAUUUAUGUGUGCAUGCGUGUUUGUAUGUGGUGUGCGUGUGCGCGAUAUAUAUUCAUAUAUCGCUGUACAAGUGUGCAUACGUUUUUUCUUGCGGUGUUGUUUUCUAUAUAAAAAUUGAAAUUUCAUGAAAUAAUCUUAAGGAAAUUUUAAAUAAAUUACGGACAACGAGGUUUUAUUCAUUCAAAAUGUUUAUAAAGCUCAACGAAUAUUAUAAGACAACGACUUUUAUAAAUUUUCCAUUAUAAAAAGAACGUAACGACAAUAAGAUGAUAAUUAAACUAACUGCAGGAAUUUAGCAAAAUUGAAAAAACAAAACCAAAAAAAAAAAAAGAAAGAAUCACAAACCCUUGGAGAACUGUUUCAUUGCAUUUGUAUUAAAAAAAGAAAACAAAAAAAAAAAAGUAUUAAAAAAAAAUAAAUAAAAAAAUAAAAGAAAAAAAAAUACGAAAAACUAAAAUAUAAAUAUGAUCAAAUUGAAAUCCUUGUUUCGUAGAGGUCAAACUCCUUCCCAGGGUUCCUCAUCUAAACAUUCCAGCAGUAAUAACAAUCGCAGCAAAUCGCAGUCUACCCAAUCACUAAAUGCAGCCGUAGAUAAAGAGGAGCUAACCUCAAUAAACGCAACCGCCGCUAAUAAUAAACACAUUACAACAAAAUUAUAUCCUCCCGUUUCUGAGCCCACUUCUAUUCGUAUCGAUGGUUCUUCGGAAAGAGGAGUCGAUGUGGGUGAUCAUCAUUUAUCCUCUAGCAGUCAUAGUUUAGAAAGCAGUAAAAACAAUUCUACACAGGCAGCCCAGCAUACGGCACAUACAUUACCGCAUAAAAAGCAGAAAGGCUUGACGCCCAAAAAAGGUCAAAAACAGCCUAAAGCGUCAUCAUCCACAACGGUAACGGCGGCCUCAAUUUCGGUACCUAAAGUUAUUGUUAAUAAACCCGGAGAAGUUGCAACAUCAACUACGAUCAGUACCGCCGCACAAGGGGGAGGAGAUGUUAUGUCUUCAAUGGCUGCUUUAGCUCAAGGUACUCAACACUCUGCCAUCUCUUCCUCUGUACCGACUAAUAAAAAUAACAACGCGUAUAGUGCGGCGGUUGCGUUAACCGCAACCAAUUCAAAUUCGUCUUUAUCCUCAGCCGCAACAGCUUCAACGAGCGGCGCUAAUGCUUCAGCGAACGUUAGCAAUGAUUUAUAUAAGUUGAAUCCGGCAUUUGUGGCUGCUGCUGCUGCAGCCAGUUAUCAGUUGAUCAACAACGAACAACAACAAUUUUUGGAAGCUACCAAUAACAAAAUGCAAGAACUGCAGACACAAUUAGAUCGUGUCAGUCGUGAAAAAUUAUCAGCAGAAUCACGUAUAACGGAAUUAUUGCCAUAUCAGAGUGAAGUCAAUAAACUGAAAGGAGAGCUUAUCAAAAUGCAGAGCCUUCAAGAGAAGCAUCAAUUGGAAAUAGCUAACCUUAAAUAUGAGAAUGAAUCAUUGCGAAACCGUUUGCGUGACGUUGUCAAUUCUCCGUUGUCCGAUGCGGAAAAACAUCAAAUCAUACAAGACUCGCAACGUUUACACAGUUCAGCUCCAGCUUCUAUUGCAUUGCCCAGUACCGCAGAUAAUGAUGUUGGAGGAGUGGCUACUCCAUGUCUUACACCCGAUUGGGAUAAACAUUCGUCAUCCAGUGAAAUUUCUGUAGCUUGUCUACAGGAUAAAAUUAUACAAAUGGAAGAGACUCAUUAUUCGACAAACGAAGAAUUGCAGGCCACUCUUCAGGAGCUAGCCGAUCUUCAAGCUCAAUUAAGUGAUGCUCAGGCGGAAAAUGAACGUUUAGCUGAAGAGAAAGACGUUUUAUUUCAAUCACUUUGCCGUCAAACUGAAAAACUUAAUGAAACCCGUUCACAAAUCAGCAACUUACAGGAAUUAUUGCUACGGGAUGUUAAGCAGAAUCCCACACCCGAAGUGGAAGGCAGUUGCGAACGUGAGAAGAAACUUUUAGAUUUAAUUAAGGGAGCCCAAGAUGAACGUGAGGCUGUGUUAGUAAAGCAAGAAGAACUUAAUGCUGAAUUACAAGAAUUGCGGCAGAGCAAUGAAGUGGCUGCUGGCGAGAAUUCCCGUUUGCGAGAACGCAUUUCACUUUUAGAAUCAACGGUAGAUGCUGAACAUGCUCAACGCAAACAAAUGGAAUCUCAAAUAUUGGCAGCGAAAGAAGAAAUAUCGCAGCGACUUAUCGAAAUUAAUCGUUUAUCGACUUUAUUAGAAAAUGCCAAAGCUAAAAUUGAAGAACUAGAGCAAGAUUUAGCUCGUGGGGACAAAACAGAUCUCAGUCAACUAUUAGAUGCGGCACGCAAAGAGAAGGACUCUUUAGAAGAGAAAUUAGCUGGGCUGCAAGAGCAAUUAUCCCGUAGCCAGGCCGAAAUUCGGCGUCUAAAAGAUCAACUCGCCGAUGUUACCGAAGAGCUAAAAGUUUCCAAAAAUAAUGCCAAAUGUGCCGUUUCUCACCUUGAAUAUCGUUUAGAGCAAUUGCAACAGGACAAGGAUAAACUUUCCGCUGAACAUCAACAAUUAUGUGAAAGUACCGCCGAACUGCAGGUGCAAUGUAAAUGCCAUCUCGAGGAUAAAACACAAUUGCAAACCCUAUUGGCUGAAACGCAGAAACAUUUAAGUGAUGCCGAACGUAAACUUGGCGAAACGCAAAAACAAUUAGAUGAAGUACAAGAAUUACGCAAACAAGAAGCGGAGGAAUGGCAACAAUUUCAAUCAGAUCUAUUAAUGACGGUACGUGUAGCGAAUGACUUCAAGACCGAAGCCCUAACUGCGCGAGAACAACUAAUAUUGGAUAAUAAAACGCAAAAGGAAAAGAUACGUAUGCUUGAGCAGCAAAUUGAUAAAUUAACCAAACAACAACAACAACAAAACGAAACUCAACAAUCGGUUUUAAGUACGGUGCAACAAGAAAUGGCAUCUAGACGCAGCAAAUUAGGCAGCUUUUCUAGGCAAGACUCUCGAUUAUCGGUGAAAACCUUAAUCGAAAGCAUAGAAAAUAAUAAACAGACUAAAACUGAAGAGCCAACGGAAUCGCGUUAUAGUUCAUCCUCGAGCCUGAACAGCGGUACACCAGAUGUCACACCGGGCUCAAUAACAACAAAUAAUAGUAGUAAUAAUACUAAUGAAUGGACCGAAAGUGUCAACCAACGUCUGAAUCCAUUAAUAGGCAGCUUAAAUAAUGCAACAACAGCAACAACGACAGCUACAACUAAUACUACGCAAUCUCAAGCAGCUACGGCCACAAAUUUAGUAGUUAAUCCAUUACAAACCGCAACUAAAGGACCAUUGAGAGAACAACAGCAGCAACAGUCGGCUUUAGUCACUAAUAUACAUAUAAGCAGUUUGAAUAAUGUUGUAACCAAAUCUAUGCUAAGCGGUGAACGUAAGGAUCCGUUAAAUAUGUUAGCUAAAAAUGGUGGCUCCAAACGCAAUGCUUUAUUGAAGUGGUGUCAAAAUAAGACAGUAGGUUAUCGAAAUAUCGAUAUUACCAAUUUCAGUUCAUCCUGGAACGAUGGUUUAGCAUUUUGUGCAAUUUUACAUUCCUAUCUGCCGGAUCGCAUUCCCUAUGAUACUCUAAGUCCGGCAAAUAAGAGACGCAAUUUCUCUUUGGCAUUUGCAGCUGCGGAAUCGGUGGGCAUAUCCACCACAUUGAAUAUAAAUGACAUGUGUCAAAUUGAACGUCCCGAUUGGACACAGGUGAUGUCAUAUGUGACAGCUAUUUACAAGCAUUUCGAAACUUAAAAUUUUCUUUCCUUUCUUAAUAUUUUUGUCUUUCUUUUUUUUUUUUUUAGUAUUUAUUAUUUAUUAUUUGUUUUUAAUUUUGCAAAACCUUGCCUCUAAUUACAAUCAGACAAAAACCCUACCAAAAAGCGAAUAACUUACAAUCAUUUCGUAAAAUGUUGAUAUCUUUAGCACUAUUUACAACCAUUUUUAGAUCGUAAGCAAUACCUAUUAAAAAUAGACCUCGACUGAUUUGACUAUGUGCUUCGUGACACGCUAUUCGUCACGUUGCUUUUAAUUAUAUGGAACGGCUUGAAAACGUGAAUAAAAUGGAAUCUCGAUUCAAAAUGCGGUUUUUAGAAAAAUGAACCAACCAAUUAGAUUACUUCUGUCUCAAGGUAAUAUAUUCUGUUACUGAUGAUAUUGUAACAACAAUUUAUUAUAAAUUUUUCACAAACACAUUCUCUAUCCAGAGUAUCUGAUGCCCAAUCUGCUACAGUUUCUCAAUUAAGUCUUUUUAAUAAAUUUCAACUUCAAGAUUUUCAAACAUUUUAAAUAUCGGAAAUAGAAAUGUUUUGAUAUAUUGACGUGCAAGCAUAGACCCUUGCUCUUACCCCUUCGGUGAUCGGACAAGAUGAUAUCAUUCUAUUCUAACCUUAAAAAUUGUUGUUAGGUUUCAUCUUUGUCACAGUCUUCGAUCUAAUAAAUUCCAUAGAAUUUGUCAUGCUAGCAAUUGGGCCCCUGGGCCAACUAUGACACCACAUAACGCUGAACAAAUAACGUCUCUUAAGUUCACCAUGUAAACGGGUUGUUGUUUUUAAGUCAAGCUUACAAAGUGGAUAUCCUCUACGAAUGAAUCUGCACUGGUAUCGGAAUCGCUUUGGCUGCCGGUAUAUUCGUGGGUGUAUACGUCGUCUUCCAGCAGCCAAUAACUUAUCUUUUUAGAAAUUCUUUUAACUACUAAUCAGUCGUAAUAUAUUUGGGAAGAAUUUCGCAAAAAAAAAAAAAAAAAGGAAAAUUUUAUACUCAUCUAAACAAACA